UAUUAACCGCCUCAUCGCUAUUUAAUAAACUUUAGGCUCCCGGCGAAUUCAUUCCGAAAGAAGCACAUCCCAAACAAAGAGAAACUCUGUUGCCAAACCCUAUACUUUUCUCCGUCUGGAAGAAGACAGUGUCGGAAAACAGAGCCUUUUAAUGGUUGCAGAGAGUAAGGAAGAGGAGGACAGACAUUGGGAGGUGUCAAUGGGGAUGGGUUCUCGAAGAUCGAAUCCGCCGCUUCACAAUUUCACGCUUCCCUGUGGUUUAAAGUGGGGGAACCAGAAGCUCUUGCGGUGCGGUAACCCGGAUUCUAUGGGCCAAUUCCCCUCAGUUCACCGGAGAUUUAAUACUUUGUCGCCGGAAAUAUCGCUUGGGAAGCAAAGUGGGUCGGAAAGCGAUUCUGGGUUGCGGCGUCUCGGAUCAGAUGAGGCGGUUCUGGGGGUGGGUGUUGUAAAAAAUGGGCCGGCGAAUGGUGCCCGGGAAUUUCCGGCGGAAGUAGAAGGGAUCGCCACUGUGAGGAAGAAACUGCUGGGUGAUUUCCAAGCGGCGACGGAUAAGAUGAAGGACGCGCUUUUGACGACGCGCCUGAAAGCUGAAGGGCGGCUGGUGGAGGAAGAUUGCGAGGAACGGCCGCCGCCGGCUUCGACGACUGCCCCGAACACUGUUUCGCCAGUGGGUCCAUCUGAACGCGCCAUGCCGUGGAACUUGCGCACUCGCCGGUCGGGGAGUAAGCAGCCAAAUGGGCCCGCCGCCGCUUCCGGCGAAUCAAAUUCGGGUUUGAUGAUCGACACUACGACGCUGCCAUCGAUGACCGAAGACAAAUCUCCAAGAGUCCGGUGUAGCUCCGCCACCGCUUCAGUUCCCGCCGCCGCCGCAGCAAGAGUAUUUCCCGUCAGAGAGAGUGGGGAGAGGGCAAAGUUCGCCGUUGCCCUAUCCCGGCAAGAGAUCGAGGAAGAUUUCGCGGCGAUAAUCCGUCACAGACCAUCUCGCCGCCCCAAGAAACGAGCUAAAAAUAUUCAGAGCAAUCUUGAUAGCCUAUUUCCUGGAUUGUGGCUGACGGAAAUUAGUGCUGUUAUGUACAAAGUUACUGGUGAUAAGUAGAAAGAAAGGAGUUUUCUCUUCAAGAAGUUUGUUCAGCCUAUCUUUCUCUGGCCAACUGAGAACAUAAAGAUUUCUGUGGUGGUUGGGUCACUGUUGGUGUUAGAAGAUGCAGAUUCUAUUUUAUUCAUUCAUUUAAGAAUUAAGAAGUAUGAUUAGCAUUUGUUAAAACUGAUUUCUUUUUCAUUUCCGUUGAUGAUGGGUAUGUUGUUUAGCUUGAAGACAAUUCUUCAGAUCACAAUCCUAUUCAAAUUUGAUUUUCCCAAUAGAAAUUGUCCAAUAGGAGUAAAUAUAAACAUAAUUGC